UAACUGCAUUUUUUCGUCUGUACAACAUUGCCCUUGAUACCGACACAGCUGACCAAGUCUGCAUUGCUUUGCUCUGCCUUUCUAACACCGCCAUCACAUUGUCGAACGCAACAUUUAUUCGCCAGAACAAUUAUCGGAAUAGAGAGAAGCCUGCAAAAGGAGGGGGAAAGAUAUAUAUAUAUAUAUAUCAUUCAUCGGCCCACCCCCGACCUGGGAAAGAGUUAAAGCUGAAUGCUAGCCCUAGGCGCAUGACCUCUUGAACAUUCUACAACCACAGCUGUCCCGUUGCCUAGAUCAUCAUGACCUCUGCUACUGGUGCAAUUAUUUACAAGGCGUUCGCGCCAACAAUCAAGAUGAUGAUAUGUAUAACGAUCGGCUUCGUGUUGACCAAGAAGGGUAUAUUUGCCCCUGCCAAUGCAAAGGGUGUCAGCAUCUUGAGUCUAAACGUCGGUCUCCCUGCACUUGUCUUCGGCUCGAUGAUAUCAGCCUUUACGUCUGAAAAUAUCAAGGCCUUUGGAUCUUUAAUUCUCAUUGCGAUUUUGUAUAUGAUCUUGGGUUUCAUCUGUGCUUGGUUCGUUCGCGAGUUUUUCUUCGUCCCGCCAGAUUUCCGCUAUGGCAUUCUUGUUAUGGGAACAAUCUCCAACUGGGGUAAUUUACCUACAGCAGUCGUACAAACGCUUGCGAAAAGUGCGCCAUUCGAUCCCGACACCGAUGUCGAGCUAGGUAUUGCAUAUAUUGCCGUUUUUAUUCUCGCCAUGAACGUAUGUCUGUUCCCGAUGGGACUUCACAAGAUGUGCGCUUGGGACUUUCGACAAGAGAACCUUAUCAAACCUCGUCCACCUCCAGUAAAAGAACGUUGGGGAAAACGGCUUCGGGCUAUCAAAGGAGUGUUCAGGAAGGAUAAAACAGCCAAGAAGGAAGAUGGCGUUGACGACGAAAAAAUUGAGGAAGUUACCAACGGGCUCCCAUCUCCAAAAACUGAAAUUUACACGUCGAAAACAAGUACCGAUUAUGAUGAGCGGGGAGAGGAGCCUUCAGAGAUGAUCCAACGAGCGCGUUUUAUUAGCGGAGCCGAUGUUGUCCGGAAGAAAUCUCGGGCGUCUUCCUUCCAUUCUAUGAUGGAAACUACCCGACCCAUUCCUCCUACCGCCCCUCUUGACGCUAGCGGUAUAGCCGAACCAUGCCAUGCCCCUUCUACUACCAAUCCUGAUCAACUUUUACCCGUAUGCUCCCGACAGAUUGAGGCUUACCAAUACCACCACCCUGUCACUCCUGCUCCUUCUGUACAUAAGCCAUCAUGGAGUCAGAGACUGCUGAAGCUCGCCAGAGAAUUUGUCAUGCCCUUGACGGUCGCGAUCAUAAUGGGUAUCAUAUGCUCAGUCAUCCCACCUAUCAAGGCGCUUUUUGUGACUGUGGACGGAUGGUCCGGGACAAGAAUACCUUAUGCACCGGACGGGAACCCUCCAUUAUCUUUUAUUACGGACACAGCAACCUUUUUGGGUGGUAUGACCAUUCCGGCUGGUUUGAUUUUACUUGGUGCCAGUUUUGGGAGAUUGAAGAUGCCCAAGAAGUGGAGCGAUAUGCCAAUCGGCGCUAUUAUUGCUAUGAUGGCUUUCAAGAUGAUUAUCAUCCCUGUUUUCGGAGUGUUUGUCGUCCAAGCUUUCAGAGACGACACCGGACUAUACCCCAAAGACGACAAAAUGCGAACUUUUGUUAGCAUCCUUCUUGCAGGUACGCCAGCUGCUGUUAAUCAGCUUGUCAUUACGCAAUUAUACAAUCCGGAAGGUACUGCGGACACGUUAUCAAGUUUCUUGGCUUUGCAGUAUGUUCUCAUGCCUAUCUUGUCUACUAUUUUAGCAGCAGUGGCGCUGUAUAUUACGGAACAAGUUUGAGAUGGCGUGGAUGCGGAAGUGUAAGGAAGCACGGUGGCCAUUGCGUAGAAAUAUAGACUAGGCCUGUGUAUAAUUUUUGCAUAGCUGUAAUUUUAGUAUGAACACGAUUCAG